AUUACUUUUCUUUCUUAUUCGCCACUAACUUUACGAAUCGUUUCACCGUUAGUCACCAGCCGUCCAAUUCCGUUAAAAUCAUCCUACAUGGCAGUCAACUAAACCCUUUGACCGUUAGUUUGAUGACAUGGUAAUUAAAAAUUAAAAAAUAUUAAUUUUCAAAUUAAAAAAUAUUUCAUCUUCCUUUCAUUUCUUCCUCCCAGCAACACUUAUCCUUGAAUCCAAUCGAACUCCUGAUGGAACAUUAAUUCACAUUCAGACAUGAGGCAGGAAAAUAGUUGUGUAGCCACGGCGUGUGCUGCUCGAGAUGAAAGACCGGACUACUCCAGCUAAGUUGGGAAGGAGAAGUUUAGAAAAGUGAUGUACAAGGAGACUUCGAGGAUUUGAGGAAGCUGUGGACGGCCGAAGCUUUGAGGAAGCCAUGGAUGGAUCGAGCAGCAAACAAGAAGCAACACCACCACUCUGACUCUGGUAUAUAGAAAAGAAGGUGAUCGAGAAAGUGAGAAUGAAAGGAAUGGGGAGUAACCCCAGCCACUAUAUCGCUUUCCUCCUCUCCCCCAUACUCUAUCUUCCUGCUUCCUCCACCACCGCCAAGGCAACCUCCGCCGGUGGCUCCAUGUGGCUGACCAGGAUUAAGCUGCUCCGUCGACGGACACCCUCACCCUUGGCCACGUCUACAGGCUCAUCACCAAUCAAGGUUUCCCAUCUUCCUCUGUUUCUUCUCCUUAACAGUGACUUAAUUUCAUCAUUUCCGGCUUAUUGUGGUUCUAAAUUUAAUUUGGUGCUUUCUAUUUUCUUAAAACCAAUCAGUAGAGGUGAUGAAAGGAUUGUCGGCGAAGAAGCAGGCAAAGCUUAAUAAAAACUAUCCUCAUUUCCUCAAACAAACAAAAAGGAACAAAAUGUAUGCUUUGAUUCUCAAGUUUCGAAGAAGGAAAGGAAGAGAAGUGGAGGGGGAAAUAGGAGCAGUGGAAGUUACAGCAACAAUAGUGAAGGGUCAUUUUCAUAUUAAUCUUAGCUGGUGGAGCAGGGAGUGGGAGUGGGAGCGGGAGAUCAUCAAGAACAUGGCAACCAUCACUUAACAACAUCUUGGAAUCAGCCGGCAACGGCAACAUCUAAUCGCCUUCUUCAAUUAUGUAGUCCCCCCUUUCCCCUCCCCUCCCCUCCCCUCCCUUCUUCAUCUCGAAAAGCAUCACGCCGCCUCUACACAGUUAUUUUCCUGUCUCAGAUCUGGAUGUGAAUUGAUGUUCCAUUAGGAGUUGGAUUUGAUUCAAUGAUAAGUGUUGCUGGGAGGAAGAAAUCGAAGGAAGAUGAAAUAUUUUAAAAUUAAUAUUUUUUUAUUUUAUAAUUGCCAUGUCAUCAAACUAACGGUCAAAGGGUUUAGUUGACUGCCACAUAGGAUGAUUUUAACGGAAUUAGACGGUCGGUGACUAACGGUGAAACAAUUCGUAAAGUUAGUGGCGAAGAAGAAAGAAAAGUAAUUUGGGUGGCAAAAAUGAAAGAUUUGUAUAAUUCGAAUGACCAAACGUGUAAUUUAGCCAAAAAAAAAUAUGUUAAGUACGACAUAUACUAUGAAAAAUAUGAGUGCACAAAAUUUAGAUAAGUUAAUAAAUACUUGCAAUUCAUGUCUAAAGUAGAGCAACUUAUAGCCUCUUAAUAAUAAGUUCAAAAAGAUAAAUCUUAUCAAGAAGCCACAUUCCCCUCCAUGCUAAUGAAUUUGAGAAGAGCCUAGACGGUUAAUUAGAUUACUUUAUUGAAGUUCAGAAUGCAUCAAAGUAUCUGGUAUGUAUCUUUUAAUCUUAAACGUAUCAUAUUGUAGGUGGUUUAUUUUUAAAAUAUAAUUUUUAUAAUUAAUUUCAUGAAAAGAAUACCCAUUCAGUGAAGUAAAAGCGUAAAAACGUAAAGCGUUUUAGUGAAUUAGAAGCGUAAAAGCGUAAGUUUUUAAGUUUGAAGCGCAAUUUAGUCUGAUUUUAUACACUAAAGUUUUUACAUAGAAACAAAAGCGUUUUGGUGACCUAGAAGCGUAAAACCGUAAGUUUUUAAGUUUUAAAGCGCGAUUUUGACUACAUUGCUUACAGGAAUACAGGCCGAUCCGUAACUUCUCCCAGUGUAAGUCGAGGACGAAUGAUCAUAAGGCAUCUUCAAAUUUACGGCAUGAUCAUCAAUGUUAGGGCCUAGCCCGUAACUUGUCAGAGAAGACCGUAAUUCUUGGUUUAUGGUGUGUAGCUAAAACGACGUUUUGGCAAAAGUUACGGGCAGAGGAAGUACGUUACAACAAUAAAAUUGAUCAUAACUAGGGAUGGAAAUUACAACCCGCCCCGCUAGGUGUUAUUGCGACAUGACUUGACCUGGCCUGUGAUGGGCGGGUAGAUUUGAGGCAAAAGAAGACCGUAAUUCUUGGUAUUAUCGCGACCUGACCUGUGAUGGGGCAGGACACUGGUAUCUACUUCCCACCGCUCUGCCCCGCCGUGUUCUUAGCCUAUUCUAUCUCAUUUUCUAACAGUAUCUAUUCAUAUUUCUCUUAUUUUUACUUUUCUUCAACUAGUUUGACUUGAUUUUUAAACUACUUAGACUCAAUUACUCAUUCUAUUACCACUAUUUUCGUACAUAAAGUGUUUUUUUCCUUCGUUUUAUUCUAAAAAGUAAAAGUUCACAUGUAUUUUUUUCCAAAUUACAUGUAACAGUGGGUCGACAUGCCCCGCCACAAACCCAUGUUCCGCCCCGCCCGCCCCAUUGCCAUCACUAGUCGUAACUCGCGAAUCUCCAUAGGAUAAAGGGUAUAAUCGGGA